AUGUUCUAUCCGCAGAGAAUGAUGAGACAAAUCUCAGAAAUCUCCUAUGUAGGAGGUUUCAAACUGAUAAGAAUGUCAACUAAUCAAGAAGGAGAGUCUGGUAUAACAAUACCAUUGCAAUAUAAUAAUUCUCAUUGGAAAGCUAUAUUUGAAAAAUAUGAUCUUGAUGGAGAUGGAAAAAUCUCAUAUCAAGAAUUGAGAGCUAUGAUACGCAGUUCAGCUUAUUCGAAUGAUAUUCCAACCAGAGUUGUCCACAUCAUUAUGCGUAAGGCAGAUUUAGAUGAUUCUGGAUAUUUAGAUUAUCCAGAAUUUAUAGCUAUGAUUCACAGGAAAGAUAUGCAAGGUGUUUUUGGUCACCUUGUACAACGAUAUGUACAGUCUAUGGUUCCACAAAGACCUAGUACCUUUCAAGUAGCACUAUCUACAGACUUUCCUGAUGGACAAUAUGAAGAAGAAUAUACUUGCAGACCUCCAGCAUUGGCAAUGAUAAUUAUAUCCAUACUAGAAAUUAUUCUAUUUUUAUAUGAUGUGAUUGUAUAUAAAUCACCUUCUGUUGAAGGACCAGCAGCUACAUUAUUUAUUUAUAAUCCACACAAAAGAUAUCAAGCAUGGAGGUAUUUAACAUACAUGUUUGUACAUGUGGGAGUAUUUCACCUGGUAGUAAAUCUACUUGUGCAAAUAAUGUUGGGUAUUCCAUUGGAAAUGGUGCACAAAUGGUGGAGAGUAUUAACUAUAUAUAUAGCAGGUGUUGUAGCAGGUUCUCUUGGUACCUCUGUGUCAGAUCCUGGAGUAUAUUUAGCAGGUGCUUCAGGUGGUGUAUAUGCAUUAAUUACUGCUCAUGUAGCAACUAUUGUAAUGAAUUGGUCACAAAUGGAAUUUGCUAUAUUACAAUUAUUAGUAUUCCUUGUUGUGACAGUUGUUGACAUUAGUCAAGCGAUAUAUAAUCGUUAUGUACUAGAUACCAAUGAUCAAGUUGGCUAUGUUGCUCAUUUUGCUGGUGCCAUUGCAGGCCUACUUGUAGGCAUAAAUGUACUUCGUAAUCUUGAAGUAAAAACAUGGGAAAAAGUUGUAUGGUGGGCCAGUAUUAUUACAUACACUGCACUUAUGACAGCUGCUAUUUUAUGGAAUAUUUUAUAUACUUACUAUGACUAGUUACAUUAGUUAAAUUUAAUAUAUUUAUUUUUUGAUGCUGCCUUUUUUGGCAACUGGAGUUUGCAAUCUUGCCACUAUAU